AUGGCUUUUGAUAGAUUAAAAGUAGAUGAUGGUCAUUACCUUCCGUACUUUGUUAAAGACAAUCAUGAUAAUAUGAGGGAGGGGCCACCUUCGAUGGAUGAUUGGAGUGAGGCGGAGAUAUUUGCAAUCUUUUUGAGACCUUUUUAUGAAGUCACUUUAAAAGUAUGUUAUUUUAAUACUCCAACCGUUCAUACUACUUUUGGUGAUUUGUUUAAGAUCAAAAGUCUCUUGCAUGAAAACAAAGAUGAUGAACUUUUGUCUAUGAUCUCCAAGUUGAUGCAAGAAAAAUAUGACAAGUAUUGGGGUUCACUUGAGGACAUGAAUCAAUAUCUUUUUAUAGCACUUGUGUUUGAUCCUCGCCCCAAAUUAGAGAAAGUCAUUGAUUAUUUUGAGAUACAAUUUGGUGAGGAUGAAGAAAAGGUUGAAAGUGCCACAAAUGGGGUGAAGGACUUGUUGAUUGAUCUUUACAAGAUUCAUGAAGAUAUGUCUUUGAGUACACAACAAAGUAUAAGUGGUGGUGGUGGUAGUUCUCAAACGACAAGAGGAGACUCUUCAUCAAGCAUGACCGAAAUAGAAAGAAAGUUGAAAGAAAAAAGUGACAUGAGAAAACCAAAGAGAGCCCGGGUUGUGCAUAAUGAUGUAGACAAGUAUCUUUCCGAUCCUAAUGAAGGAGAAGAAGAGGAGAACUUUGAUGUAUUGAAUUGGUGGAGAGUGAAUGGGGUUUCUAAGUACCCAAUUUUGGAACGUGUUGCAAGAGAGAUCUUAGCUAUUCCCGUAUCAACCAUUGCUUUGGAAUCCUCGUUUAGUACAAGUGGACGGAUAAUUGAUCCAUAUCGUAGUUCUUUAAGUCCAAAAAUGGUGGAGGCUUUGAUAUGUACUUAA